AGCAGGGCGCUGACCCGGAAGCGGAAGUCGCGCCGCGCAGCGCGGAGCUGAGGCAGGACCAUGAACAUCCUGCCCAAGAAAUCGUGGCACGUGCGGAACAAGGACAAUGUGGCCCGCGUGCGGAGGGACGAGGCGCAGGCGCAGGACGAGCAGCGACAGCGGGAGGCCCGGGCCCUGCUGGCCGAACAGGAGGCGCGGACUGAGUUCCUGCGGAAGAAGGCACGGGUGUCGGCCCUGCCAGGACCCGAUGGCGGCUCGGCGCUGGCCCCCAGUGGCGAGGAGUCACGCCAUGUCGACCUCUUCCGGGAUCUGGAGGAGGGCAAGGGCUCCAAGACCGGGAACAAGGAGUAUGAGGAGGAGAAACGCAGGGAAAAGGAGCGGCAAGAGAAGGCUAUCGGGCUGCUGACCUAUCUGGGGCAGAGUGCGGCCGAGGCCCAGACCAGCCAGCCGUGGUACCAGGAAGCCCCCGACCGCAGCCGGGAGGCAGCCACGGUGACCACGCAGGAGCAGCUGAAGAACAGACUGGACCCACUGCGGGAGAUGGAGAGGCAUCUGCACAAGAAGAAGGGGGAGGGGAAGAAGCGCAAGAAGGAGAAAGAGAAGCCAGCAGGGGAGAAGAAAGCAGUGGGCUCUGUUCCCCUCUCCCUGGAGCAGCUGCGGUGGGAGCGGUUGCAGCGGGAGCAGGCCGAGCGAGCCAGGACCGAAGCCCUGUUAUCUGGGCGGCUGAGGGAGCCCCAGCGUGGGGAGGAGGAGGAGGAGCUGGACGACAGGAAACGCCGCUACAACUCCCAGUUCAACCCGCAGCUGGUACGCAGGCCCCGCAGCUGGGAUGUGAGGGAGCAGCACUGAACCCGCCCAGCACCCCUGGAACUCGUGGCUGAAACAGCGGGCCCUGGGCACAGAGAUUCCUGCACCAGGGGUCACACAGCAGGUGGAACAGGGACAUUGGCAUCACAGCAAGGCAGCCAGCAUGUGGUAUCACUCUGCAGAGUUAGCGGGGGAGACACCGAGUGCUGUCCUCUCUGCCACCCUCCUGGCCAUGAAGGUUGGCAUGGGGGUCAUACUCGGGGAGCCAGAAUCCUCCUUGCUCUCACAGGAGGGUGCUGGCUGCCCCACUGGGGCCCCAGGCUGGAUGCUCACCUCUUAGCACCUGGCAUUAGCAGCAGCAAGUAUCAGGGGUUAUCUGAAUGCCCCACAAGGCAGGGGCUUACCUGCUAACAAAAGGCAUCUGUCUU